GCUCCCUCCGCCCCUGCGCAGCGGCGGUGGGCGCGGCCCCCUCGCCGCCGCCCGCCCGGGUGGUGCCACGUCGCCGCGGCGGCGCCCGGGGCCCCCUCCCUGCGCGCACCCCACCUGCUCCCGCAUCCCCGGCGCGGGCGCGCACAGGCGGGCGGCGGGGCGCGGGCAUGGACGCCGAGUACCCGGCCUGGGAGCCCCCGCUCUGCAGCGAGCUCAAGCGCCUGUGCAAGCGUUUGCAGGAGGCCUACCGCGAGCUGCGCGAGGACCUCACGCCCUUCCGAGAUGAGCGUUUCUACAGGCUGGCGCCCAUGCGCCUCUACUCGCUGUCCAAGCGCCACUUCGUGCUGGUCUUCGUUGUCUUCUUCGUCUGCUUCGGCCUGACGGUCUUUGUGGGCAUCAGAGGGCCCAAAGUGAUCCAGACGUCCGCAGCCAACUUCUCGCUAAGUUACAGCAGUAAGCAGCUGAAGCCCAUCCGGAUCCUGUCGAACCCCCUGUCCACGUACAACCAGCAGCUGUGGCUCACAUGCACGGUGCAGCUGGCGCAGUCGAAAGAGACGUCCAUUCAGACCAGCUUCCCCAUGACCGUGAAGGUGGACGGGGUCGCCAAGGACGGGACCAUCAUGUUCAUCCACAACAAAGUCCACAAUCGAACGAGGACCCUGACCUGUGCGGAGAAGUGCGCGGAGAUCAUUGUGGCGCACCUGGGCUACCUGAACUACACCCAGUACACAGUGGUUGUGGGCUUUGAGCACCUCCAGCUCCCCAUCAAGGAGAUGAACUUCACGUGGAAGACCUACGACCCGGCCUUCUCGCAGCUGGAGAUCUGGUUCCGCUUCUUCUUCGUGGUGCUCACCUUCACGGUCACUUGCCUGUUCGCGCACUCCCUGCGCAAGUUCUCCAUGCGGGACUGGGGCAUCGAGCAGAAGUGGACGGCCAUCCUGCUGCCCCUGCUGCUGCUCUACAACGACCCCUUCUUCCCGCUCUCCUUCCUGGUCAACAGCUGGUUCCCGGGGAUGCUGGACGACCUGUUCCAGUCCGUCUUCCUCUGCGCGCUGCUGCUCUUCUGGCUGUGCGUGUACCACGGGCUCCGUGCGCCGGGGGAGCGGAAGUGUCUGACUUUCUACUUGCCCAAGUUCUGCAUCGUGGGGCUGCUGUGGCUGGCCUCCGUCACGCUGGGCAUCUGGCAGACAGUCAACGAAUUGCAUGAUCCAAUGUACCAGUACCGGGUUGACACAGGAAACUUCCAGGGGAUGAAGGUCUUCUUCAUGGUGGUGGCGGCUGUGUACGUGCUGUACCUUCUGUUCCUGAUCGUGCGUGCCUGUUCCGAGCUGCGUCACAUGCCUUACGUCGAUCUCAGGUUAAAAUUUCUGACUGCGCUGACUUUCGUGGUGCUCAUCAUUAGCAUCGUCAUCCUGUAUUUGCGGUUCGGAGCCCAAGUGCUGCAGGACAAUUUUGUAGCCGAGCUGUCGACCAACUACCAGAAUUCCGCUGAGUUCUUGUCCUUCUAUGGCCUGUUGAAUUUUUACCUCUACACUCUGGCCUUCGUGUACUCGCCGUCCAGGAACGCCCUGUACGAGUCGCAGCUGAAGGACAAUCCCGCCUUCUCCAUGCUCAAUGACUCGGACGACGACGUCAUCUACGGGAGCGACUACGAGGAGAUGCCACUGCAGAACGGCCAGGCCAUCCGCGCACAGUACCGGGAGGAGUCGGACAGCGACUGAGCCCGCGCCCGCGGCCAGGGUGCUCACCUGUCGCCCCGCGGUGAAGGGAAACGCAGCGGCCGCCGCCGGAACGCAGGGCCCGGCUUCCUUCUGAAUGGGAAUGGGAAGAGGUGCUGACAGUGGCUGGCCGAGUCCCCCGCGCUGAGAGUCAGAGGUUGCCAGCAGCCCCGUCUCAGCAGGGAGAACUCGCACACUUUCUUUUUCACGAACGGACUGAUGCCCCGUCUGAGCGCCCGCUGUCGGGGGGUCCUGCCUGGCAGCUGUGCUGGCCGCGUCCCUGCCCGCUGUCCCCCAGCCCCGGGUUGGCCCAGUCCUCUCCGGAGCCAGCCUGGGAGGCCACCGCACAACUGGGCCUUCCUGAGCCUGGAGGGACGCCGGCCUGUGGAAGCCCUGCAGGGUCCCAGCUGCUGCCCCAACAGGGAGGGGGGUCUCCACACUACAGUCCAGCAAACAAAACCCCCUCACCCUGGGACAACUUUCUUUUUUAAUGAACACUAACAAAGGACGGCCAGAACUUUCUUCGGGACACGGCUGCAAGCUCUCGUGGGAACAGCCCUGUGAGAUUGGCCAGCGGUCCCGCUGUGGGGGUCCGGCCGUGGUGGGGGCCACAGCGUUUUGGCUCCUGCCCGCACCCGCGGGUGCACCCACCCCCACCUCCAGCCAUGCCCCAAUGGGGUGUGGACAGUUUGGCUGUGCCGGCAGAACCCUGCCUGUCCUAUGCACCAGCUCUGGCUUCCACACGUGUCACCUGGCGCUGCUCCCCGUUAGGCACUUCUGGACCUUAGCGAGCUUCCGGAAGGCGCUGGCCGACCUGCACGCUGCUGACCCCAGCUCGAUCCCUGAGCAGAGCCUCGGGAGAUGAUGCAAUCUGGGUUCCCCGUCGUCUUACUUUAAACUCUCGCGAGAAGGAAUCUUGAAUAUAUAAAUUCCACUUCUGUUUGUUUUCAAAACCUUGUAAAUAUGAAUGAAUGAAAACAAGUGUAUUAUUGAAAGAGUAAGUCACGUUUACAUGGACUUCCCAUUUGCAAUGGUAAAAUUAUUCUUUUGUUAAUUCUGCGUACUCAAAGUUAUUUAAAGAUCUUCCUUCCCAAGUUUUACAACUUCUAUUAAGAGUAGCUAUAAAUAACUUUAUGUAAAUUAACAAAUACUUGUGCUGAUUAAUGUAUUCUUAUAUGCACUAUAGUUUAGAAGAUCUAACAUAAUUAUAUAAUUGUCCAUGAUUGGAAUGCUGUUCUCAGAAAAUGUAAAAUAUUUGAAGCAUUUAGCCAAAUGCAUUAGAACUUUUAAAAAUGUCUUUGUCUUACAGUGUAAUUAUAAACUAUGACCGAUAAUCACAUUCUCUGAGUCUUCAGAGAAUCAAGUUGCUGAUAUGGAAACCAUGCAAGUAUUUAUUUAGUCCUCUUUUUUAACUAUUGGAAAUAAGAUUAUAAAAGAAGUCCCUAUCAGGAGCUGAGCGGGUCCUUACUAAAUCACACACCUGCCAUUUCUCUUUCCUGGUCUCUAGCACGGUGUCGAAUGCCUCAUGUAAAACUGGAAAGCGGAUAAUAUUUGCAUGUCAUGUGUUCUGUGGGUAUUAGGUUAAAACACUAAAGUCUGCCAAAAAUUUUAGAUAGGAGCACUACAGUUGUUUUUGUCCACGCCCCCACCCCCAAACCCUUUGUUGAUUAUCAAGAGUUUUGCAGACCUAGACAAAAGGCUGACUUUAGUUCUGUCGUGGGUACGGCCUGAAUAACAUCUUUGGGAUAAUGUUUUCAGACUGGAAGAUGACCAGGUGCUUUCUCAGCCCCUCGGGGUAACAGGCUGCUUGAUUUAUUAUUAAAUCAUUUCCGCAGUGAAGUGGUGCCGUCUCCUCCAGGCCCAAUCUGAAAGGCUCGGCCGGGGACACAGAAGCUGUAUUCAUGGUUUGAAGGUUCCUUACAGAAUCGUAGAUUGCAAUAAAGUUUCUCUUAUGUAAAGCCAGGCCCGAACUGGGCUGUGAGGUGAGUGCCCCCGGCCUCGCGGAGUGCAGAGCGCGUCCUUGAGGGGCCAGUGACUGAGGUGGGUCCGAGCAAGGCCUUUCCCCGGGGACAGCACAGCUGCUCGCUGAGCCGGGGCUUGAAACCUAAAGAAAAUGUCUAUACUGUGAGGGUGUCAGAAACCAGUUGCCUUAGAGGUUAGACUUUGGGGGGUAAAAAGAAGUCUCCCCCCGCCAAAGGGGAGUCGCGUUAUCCUAAGACAUCCUGUUACUCUAGUUUAAAGUUUUAAGCAUACCGGUAACUAUUUGACCGCACUAAGAAACACAGGAUUUUCUGCUACUAAAAACUGCCUUUUUACAGAUAUACUGCAAAUAAUUUGUAAAGUGAAUCGCUCGGCUAGGCUCCAGGAGAGAAGGGCCUGUCGGGGCUUGGCGUCUGAGUGCAGCGCACGGGCCACACUCGGGACGGGUUUUCUCCCGAGACUGCCUUGCUGUAAAUGU